AUGUACGCAUCUCUUGAAAUAUUGAAAGAAUCUCGAGUAAUAGAGGAGAUCUCAAAUAAAGUACAUGGUCUAUUGAAACAAAAAGGUCAAACAGCACGUUUUAGUUCAAUUACUAAAGCUAGUAAAAAUGCUGUUUCUCUCUGGUUAUCAAAAAAGAAAGGAAUAAAACCAACAUCAUUAUCUAUUUAUUUACCCAUGAAUAUUGUUGAAUCUUUGUGUGAUACUGUUGUACCUAAUUUAUCAUCUGAUGAAGAUAACUCACCAAUAAAUAUUACCGAAAAUGACAGUAAUAUCAGCGAAGACUCACAAAGUCCAUUUUCAUCACCUCUUUCUCAAAAUCGACAUAUUUCUUUAUCAUUCUGUGAUAACUUAGUGACAGCUGAUGUUACGCCGAUGAAUUUGGAGAAAAUUGUCUCUGAUGUUUGUGUUUAUGUUUUCCUUGAACUCAAAUGUUCAGUAAAUAUACGAGCAUUAAAAAAUGAAAUAAGUCUUCAAAUAAGUCAUAUUGUACAAGCCGCACGUGUAGAGGCUGCUGGCAAAAUUGAAGUAGAACCAAUGAUGGGAUUCUCUCAAUAUAGAAAUAAUAACUAUUUAAGUCCAAUUCUAUUAAUUCGUAAAACAAACGAACAAAUUGAUAUUCUCCAAUUUUACCCUUUUCCUAACAUAGUGGAGAUAACUUUCAAUGAGUUGUUGAUAAAAAAGGCAUUAUCUUCAUUUCAGUUAUCUAGAACAUUAGAUAUUAAUGAACUUAUUAGUCUUGUUACGGAAUGUGCUUUGACUUACAAUUUAAAUUUCGAUCUUUCGAUUCUCGAAGAAGCACUUAAAACAAAAAUACUGUUUAAUGAUACAUCGUUUACUUUAAGUCCUUUUUUCUUAAAUGUUGUCUUGAAAUUGGUACAAGUACAUGAAGUUCAAACAGAUUUCGAUCAAACUCCCGCAAAUGAUUCUUGUUCUUAUAGUGUUGAAGAAAUAGAUGCUAUUAUUGGUCGGACAUAUAGUACACGUGGAGUUAAACGCUCCUAUGAAGAAGAUCCUAUCUUAGUCGAGCCAAAUAAAAAUAUGCAUCGACAAAAUAAAAUAAAAAAAGAUAAAAGAGAUUUACUACAUUUGAAAGAUACUUACCACCUGACAGAUUCAGCUCUAAAUGCCAUUUUUCAAUACGUUCGAAGUAAAAAAAAGCUUUAUUCUUUGAAAGAAAUUGAACGACUUAGAAAAGAAACAAAUAAAAAAUUUCCAAUUAUAUAUACUAAAAUAAGUGCUUAUGUCAGAUUUGAAUAUGCUGUACGUACAGCAAUAUUUGUUGCUCGCAAAUAUGAACAGAAGCUUGAGCAAUUCGAUAUAUUAAAUAUUCGUUUUAAUAUGGAUGGAACCCUAAUAGGAAAUAAGCACAUAGUAGCCAUAUCGAUUAAUUGUAUUGAAGGUGGUCAUAAUUGUCAGAUGGCAAAGAAUCUUGUUCCUUUAGCUCUUUUUGAAGUUCAAAAAGAGAACACAGAAUUAUUGCGUAAAAGUUUGCCAACUGAAUUCAUUGAUGAUGUUAAAUCUGUAAAAUACAUUUCUAUUGGAGCUAAACAUGUUAAUAUUCAUGUACGACUAGGUGGUGAUCUGAUGAACGCAGUGUAUGUUUUUGGUCUUGCCGGUUUCAGCUCCAAUCAUCCCUGUGUAUUUUGCACUCAACAUAAGGAUGAUCUCUAUGUAACCGAAGAAACAGCUUAUGAUAAAUGUAUUUCUGAAGGAAAGGGAAAGAAUAAAAAAAUAACAACUGUUCAUGUUGGUCCUACUUCGUACCAUGAUCCGACUAAACUAGCACGUUCUCUUGAAGAGCAGAGAGUGUGUUUAGAAAAAAAGGAAUACCGUCAAAGUGGUCUUCGUACUACUGUUACACCUUAUAUUCACAUUAUUGGAAAUCAUUUAUUUGAAUUUGAUGAAUUUAAUAAUCUAGAAGAUUAUAAUAUGCAGGGCGUUGAAAAAAAUAAUGAUGUUCUUUCAAAUUUAUAUUUUUCAUCAACAAAUCCUUCGAAAAAUCCCCUUCUUACAAUGCUUCAGAAGUUGUAUCGUAUGCUCGAAAUGAAUUUCCAAGAUCCCGGUGAGAGAGAAGCAAUGUCUAUGUUUGCUCAUACAGGUGUUUACGAUUUUGUUGAAGAAGAUUUAACUGAUUUUGACUCUUAUACCGAAGACCAUAUUUCCUUUCAUGCCGGUAAGACACCUUCAAAUGAUGAAGCUGGUUCUGAAAAAGAAGAUGAUUUAUCUACAGAAGAGAUCGAAAAUACAGAUGAAAUCGAAGAUGAGAAAGAAUUAGAAGAAUCAAUGAUUUGGGCACCAGAAAAAAGAAUUCUUAACAAACCUUUGCCACGUUCUGAAAAUCGGUUUAAAAGUUUUCGAAGAUCAUAA